AUGACCAUCGAGGCUACGCUGAAGACGGAGGAUGAAGAAUUCGUCCGACUCCUUCGUCGAAAGCCUGGAAGGGCAUUGUCCGGCAAAGGCGGCGGGCGAUCCUAUGGUGGAGGGUACUCAGGCGGUCGGCGUGGCUACAGUGGGUACUCCUCCUACACAGGUGAGACACUCGCCGGCGAACUACAUAUGACGACCGCCGGCGAACUACAUACGACGACCGCCGGCGAACUACACACGACGACCGCCGUCGAGCUGCUAUUUCUGAUAGCCGAAGAAGAGCACCGACGAGCCAGGGCUGGGUCAAUCCGUCUCAUCCGCGAUCUGGCUACUACAACUACCAGCCUUCCUACAGAUCUUACCGCACCUCCUACGGUUACAGUGGACAUCAUGUGUAUCCCUCCGGCAGCAGCCUGGGGAUUCCCCUCGCCGGACUUGGUGGACUCGGUGUCGGCUAUGCCUUGGGAAGCCACUUUGGUCACUACAG